UCUUUUAUGUUUUUUUCUGUGCUGAAUGUGCAAGGUAAACGGCGGUUAUUUUGCGUUGGAGUGGUUGUUUCGUAAACAGAAUAUUGGAGUGAAAUUGAAAAUUUUGCUAAAAUAGAUGAGUAAUACAGCGCUGCAAUGACGGAUACGCAGCAACAAGCGCCACAGCACGAGCAACUAGACGAACAAGAUCUUUAUGUGCAAUGUAUUUCGAAGCAACUGGAGGAGGUCGACAUGCUGUCAUCGAUCUAUUGUACACCCGGCGAAAUGCAUAUUUUCGAUGCGAGCGUUAUAGGUGAUUUCAAUGACUUCCUUAAUAUGCCCACAGCUGUGCCCACGAUCGCGCUGAAGGCACACUUAGAUUACACGAUCACUUUGACGGUGGCGCAUGGACAACGAAAAGAUAAAAUGGAUAUACGCAUUGAGUUACCGCACCUAUAUCCAUUGCUAGAGAAUGCGAUUGUCACGGUUUUCAGCGCGCUGCUGGGCAAAACUAAAGAGUUGUAUUUGAAGCGUGAAAUUGAAAAGUACAUCGAGACAAUGGAUAAGACUGAAUGCUAUGUAUUCCAAGUGGUCUCCUGGUUACAAGACGAACUAAUUGCACUGAUUGCACGUGAUGCCAGUGAAUUUGAGGAGAACGAUGGAUUGGUGGAGGAAAAUGAGAAUGAAAUUGAAUGUGAACGUUUAUGGAUAUACUCGCAUCACAUUAAGUCGAAAAAGAAGCGACAAGAAAUACAAAGAGAAGCGCGCAAUUUGGAUUUGACUGGAUUUUCGCGUCCAGGCAAGCCGGGUAUUAUAUGCGUGGAGGGUUUACGUGAGCAUACGCAAGAUUUUUGGCGCAUAAUUAAGGCUAUGCGUUGGCAGCACAUAACUAUUUGUAAGAGUGAACCGUGGCAGGGUAAAUUGCAGAAACGACGGCGCUUCGAGGGAUUCAAAGAGCAACUCUUUUGCGAUAAUCUGGAUAAUGAGGAUGGUGUAAUGAAUAUGGGACUGUUUAUUAAAUUUUUGGAGACGCAUAAGUCGGGCUACAUGAAAAAGGAGCUUUUCGGUUUAGAUUAGUUGCGAGUUGGAUGAACGGUUGAACUGAACGAAUAGCGGAACGCAGAAAAAUAACUUUGAAGAGACUCAGCAGUCAGUUAGCGCACCAUAUCAAUUUUUUAUAACUAAAGGCAGAAAUGCAUAUGGUUUAUAACCUUACAUAUGGUUUAUAACCUUAAAAUGCUCAAAAUAUUAUAAAUUCCAUUUUGCUACCUAAAUAUGGUAAUUUUAUGCAAUAAAAAUAGCAAUGUUUCCACGAUACUCCCAAUAUGAAAAAGUCGAGUAAUUUU